AUUUCUACUUCCGGUGUAAAUAAUAAAAAAUUAAACAUGCUAAAUUGCAUUUUCCUUUUAAAGUUCAAUAGAUUUUUUCAUUAAUGAAUGGUGUUAAUUAACAUUGAAAAUGAUGGGUGUUUUUGCAGCCGCUGUAGCACGUUUAACCCCGGCAUUUGUUGAAAGUUUUGAUCCCGAAAAAUUAGCAUCAAAAUUUGUGAGGGUAGAAAAAGAAUUUGGAGUGAAAUUCACAAAAUCGAACAGUACUUUUAAUAUAGUUGGCCAUUGGGAAGCAGUAAGGAAAGCACACAAAAGCUUAUUAAAAUUGAAAUUUAAUGAAAAGGUUACUGAAAACAGCUCUGAGAGUGUUGACAUCAAGGCAGAUAUAUCGGGUACUAAGAUAACUCCAUUAUCAAAGUCAGGAAAUGUUCCUGAUGAAUACAAUAAUGUUGAAGUUCCUCAGACAUCAGAAACAGAGCAGAUCACAGAAAAAGAACCACUUUUAGUCCGAGGAAAAGGAAAUCCAAAACGAGGGAGACAUGCUGCUAAAGAGAGUCCAUAUUCCGGUGUUCCUGAGCCAGUAUUCUACUUGCAAUACCAAGAUAAAACGUUCGCUGAUGCAUGUAGCCUAGACAUUGACUCUGUCUUAGAAGACUUUGAAAAGUCGCACAAUAAUACAAAGGUCACAAAAGAAGAGUUGAAGAAAAUUUUAGAGAAGAACAAAGAUCAGAUGGGAAAGCCAUUGGAAAAGGGAAUUCCUAAGGGGGCUAUAUUACCAGUGGCAAAAGUAACUGAAGAUAAUUGUGAAACAUUUGCAGUGGAGGAUAUGUUAAAUCCAAUACCACCAUCAACUCGUAUGCCCUCAGAUGUUCCCCAAGGAUAUGGAUAUGGAAUGCCAGGAUGUUCUAAAGAAAAUACUAUCAGUUUCAUGAGCAAUGGCCAACCUUUACUUUGUUCAUCUGGUGCUAUGAAUAUGGAAAUGGCAAAUCAAUUUAACACCUCCAUGGUAACAACAUACACUGUAAAUUCAAAAAUGACUACUCAAAGUCCAGGAUUGGUUCCUUGUAUCAAUGAGGCUAUUAAUCAAAAUUCUACAACAAGUGGACAUUUAAAUGUAUCAGACUUUUACAAUCAUACAGAUGUUAAAAAUGGUAGAGUACAUGUUAAUGAAGCAGUCUUUUCAGAAAACCAGUACAAUGUGAACAAUACAAGGCCAGUACAGUUGUCAGACUCAGACAGUGAUUCAUUCAGCAGUAUGUUUGGAGACUAUGAUCCCCAGGCCAUGUUAAAUCAAAUUCCUGCUUCUGAGAUGAUGGGAAAUAUUACUGAAGUUCCUGACAAAAGGUUGCAGGAAGUGGAUACUAAACUGGCUAGGAAUGAUAAAGAAUUACAAGGGGAAGCUGUAUCAAAUACUGAUAAUGAAAGUAAACAAAGAAAUUUCCAGAAUUCUGAAGAAUUAGAAACAAGUUUCAACCCUCCAGAAGUAGCCAAUGACGGUAUUCCUUGUGAAAGUAAUGGGAUAAAAAUGGAAAUGCAUGAUUUCAAAGACGGCACAGCGUCAUUUGAAGAUUUUACAGAUCUGCCUGUUGGAUCAAAGACAUUUACUGCCAAAGACUUCUCCCGUAUUGUGUUACAUGAUAGUGAAAAUAACUCUGCUAUAAACAACACUAAUACGGAUAUCAUUUCCAUGGCAACAAAGGCUGAACAUGACAAUGUAGGUAUUCCCAAUGCUGGUCCACCAAGCCACCACAUAAAUAGCAAUAACACUGUUGUAUCAAACAACCAAAUGAUCCAGAAUAAUCCAAGUGAUUUUCUGAAAUCAAUGCCAACUGGAGAAGAGUUUAUGAAAAGUUUAGAGGUUGCCACGGCAACUGAAAACCAAUCUGUGCUGUAUUCUAAUGAACAUUCUGCUGGACAAGCUUCUUUUCAAAACAGUGCAGAUGCCUUGGACAAGAAAAUUGCACACUCAGAUAGAUCAACAGUUGCCAUGACAACACAAGUUGUAACCAUAGCAACCAACUUUAAAGGUCAACAAGUCUAUGGAAAUGCUGCAAGUGAUCAUUCUGCUGUGUUCAGCAAUAACGACAAUAUGAAUCCUCAGGCUGAGUCUACUUUUGAAAGAUUUGUACCAGUGCAUGAGGUAAAUAUGAUCAAUAAUGAUGUUCCAGACACAAGAAAUGGUGGUAAUAUUCAUGAUGCUGAAAAUAUAUCUCAAGAUGAGGGCAAAAAGGAACAGGAUCAGGACUCAGUAGGAAAGAAAACAUCACAGUUAAAGGUGAAAAAGUCAAGACCAUCUGUCAAGAGAGUCAGGAAAAAAACAUCAGAGAAAUUAGAAAAACACAACAGAGGAAAGAAGCCAAUCACUUCAGAUGUAAAGGGUUUAGAGGAGAGAACUGCAAGAAAAGAUGGGAGUACAUCUGACGGAAAAGAAGAACCAAUGCGAACAGACGCUGAGAAACUAGAUUUAAACAGUAUCAAACUUGACAGUUCUUAUAAUAAAAAGAUCUCGUAA